GACAGGUCCGUAGGAUGUUUCCUAUAGGUUUAAGUAGGCAGUGUGAGUUUACAAUGAGGAAAAUGGAGCUACUGAUAGAAUUCAUUUGUGAAUAAAGCCAAUUUGAUUUUGUGGCGACAUGAGACUUGCUGUAUACGCGUUUUACGCCUUUGCUCUUGGGCUUUUGCUGUUUGGGUUGCGGGAAUUAUUGUUCGGUUUCGAGGAGAACCGAUGCAGCAUGACAUACAUGUUCGAGUACCCAGAAUACAGACGCGUGCAGCUCCCACGACGUGUCGCGCGCCAGUACCCAUCAUACGGCCUCUAUCUGUAUGGGGAAGGUGCAUAUGCUCUGGAGACCAGAGGACUCAAGCUCACUGGUGCUCCUGUGCUCUUCCUGCCUGGCAAUGCUGGAAGCUACAAGCAAGCUCGUUCGCUUGGUUCAGUGGCAUUGAGAAAGGCUGAGGAUUUGGACAGACAGACCCAUAUGAACGUCUUCACCAUUGACUUCAACGAGGAUCUUGUAGCUCUGUACGGGGGCAGUCUGUACAGACAGACUCGCUUUCUUCAUGAGAGCAUCAAAGCCAUCUUGCGCCUUUACAAGGACCAGCCGGACCCCCCCACAGGUGUGGUUUUGGUGGGUCACUCCAUGGGUGGAGUGGUGGCAAGAGCCUUGUUCACCCUGCCACGCUUCAAACCACAGAUGGUCAGCCUUAUUAUUACACAGGCAUCCCCCCACCAGGCACCUGUGCUAUCUCUGGACCCUUAUAUACUGGAGUUUUACUCUGCAGUCAGCCAGCGUUGGGCCACAGGUGCUGAAGACCUUCGGAAUGUAACCGUUCUCUCUGUGGGUGGUGGUUACCGUGACUACCAGGUGCGCUCUGGUUUGACCGUGCUGUCCUGCCCCAUCGAUGACCUCAAUAAAAUGUCCCUAGUGGCGACUGCGGUUCCCAGGACCUGGGUUUCCACAGAUCACCUUUCCAUUGUUUGGUGCAAGGAGCUGGUUCUGGCCACAGUCCGUGCGUUCUUUGACCUUAUUGAACCUGAAACGGGGCAGUUUACAGAAAAUACACAGAAGCGAAUGUCAGUGUUGAACUAUCACUUCUUCAGACACCCGGUGCAACAGCCUGGAGGCGGACUUGAUGCCCCACUCACUUUCUCAGCUCCUCCUGAGGCAUGGAAGGAGGUCAACACACUCCGUCUGUUUUACAAUGCCCCCAAGGAAGCUCAAGUCAAGUACUUCCUGUUUGCCCUCUCCAGUCGAAGGAAAGCCUACAGCCAUUUCCACUGCCGCAGUAAUAAUAUGGAAAUGUCCAGCUGGCUUUAUGGAUGCACACAGAUGAGUGGCUCCAUCUGUGUGCAAGCAGUAGAUCUGUCAUCUGGGACAGAGCUUCUUCCAGUUUACAAGGUUGUUACAGUGAAAAUCAGUGAACUCUUGUCUGUCUCUCAUCUCAUCAUUGACGCUUCUAACCCCAGUGGAGCACAGUUUGUAAUGGAGUGUGAGCUGCAGAGAGAGGAGAGCUUGACUGUCUCCGUACAGGUGCCUCAUGUGCUGUCCUUUGGUUUGACUGUCCAUGACAUCAGCAUUAACUCCUCUGGGCUGUUCCAUACACUGCAGCUACAAGACUUUCACCAGGUUUAUCAGGCUUUCAGAAUCACAGUCACGAGUCACUGCAAGGCCACUAAAGACCGACUGCCAAGUGUGUACAGACUGAGAGUGCCUUGGUUCUUUGAGGACUCAUUUACCACAGCUAGUAUUCCCUCAGUAUCUGAGAUCUAUGGCAUGCUUCACACCAGUCGGCGAGAUGGCUCCUCCAAUGCCCUUCUGCAGCUCCACACUGCCCCCAACUGCCAGUACAAGGUGUCUAUCCGAACUUCGGUUUCCAAAGUGCUUGGGCAGAUUCUGCGUUUCUGUGGCCCAAUGCUGCCUGCCUAUACAGCUGUGGCGCUGCUUCUGAUGAUCAGGGCUCAGCUGAACUCGGUGAAAAGAUCGGGACAUCCUGUUGGAAUGCAAGAGGUGAUGAGUAAAUGCUUACAGCUCCACAAACUGGAACUGCCGGUCCUAAUGCUCCUGCUGCUACUCAGACAGAGCUGGUUUAACGAUGUCUGGUUCACUCUGGGUCUCCCGGCGGUGGAUACUCUUCCCCUAAACUCUGUGGAGGACCUGUCUCAAGAUACAAAAGAACUUGUACAGGAAUGGCCACGGCUGGUUUCCCCACUGCUCUGUGUACUUGGUGCAGCCAUUGCUUUUUUGGGCAGCACAGUCCUCAGAGUUUCUGUCCGUUUCCUGUCCUUUGUGCUUGCUCCACUGCACAGACCCUCGGUGUCCCGAGAUUGCGGCACCCUUCAUCUUCGUACUCUGAUUAUCCUGAUUGUCUCUCUGAGUGUGCUGGGUGGAGUCACCUGUGGAGCAUUGGCUUUAACUGGCUCCACUCUCCUACACCUCUAUAGGGUGCUUAGGUUACAGAUGACUGAGAGAUCACUGAGCCACAUGUUAAACCUGGAACCACAGAAAGUUUCACAAAACUCUGAAAACGGUUUUCAUGACGGCGAUUGUCACAGUAAGGGUAAAGAAUGUAAUGGCACCUCUCUACUGUCAGAAUCGGUGCUGCAAGAUGUCAGAGAUGAUCUGCAACUCCACCUUAGUCUGUCCACACUGCUUACUCUUCCCAUGAUGCUCAGCGCACCCUCCCUUAUCCACUGGAAUCGCAAUCUUCGAUAUUGGGUUCAUCUGGAUCCUGACCCCUGCUGGCCUCACACACUGCCCCUGCUUAUCAGCUCUAUACUGCUUAUCAACUGUAACACACACACACUACUCUGCAGCAAACUGAUGACGAUGACGUCCCGUCUACUAAUGCCGCUGUGUGUGGGCAUGUUGGCAUUCUGUCCUCUGCACAUUUACCGGGUCAUUCAUUUCCUCUCCGCAUCUCUGACCAUUUUGGCCUCUUCUUGUUACUUUUGACCUUCUCACCAUCUUUAAACAGUCUGCACUGAGAUUAGAACCAGACUAAGGAUUUGUGUUAAUUCACACCAAACCGAAACAGCCUUAGAACCUUUGUGCAUUCAGUGGGAUCAGAUGGACUAAUGACAUCACUGGACCAGCACAUCUGGCGUCAUGUGAUUUGUCCAAUGUCGACAUUUGUGGCUUCUGAACAGGGUAAUCUUUUUGUUUAUGCUGUAUGUCUUUGUUCAUGAGAAAUAUCUACAGUUGAUCUUAAGCUUGGUUUACCAGACUCAUAGACCUAUAGUGUUCACUGAUAACCCUUAUUAGUCCACAUCGGGAAAACUAGCCUGUCUGAUUUCGUAUUAGAGUCAACAUGAAAUCAACAUUCUUAAAACAUGUUCCUGGUAUUGUUCAUGAUUUGGCAGUGCCCAUCGUUCCAAAGAAAAUAAGUGUUUGUCAAAAAGUAAUAUUUUGCUCCACCUCUGAAGAAUGUAUUAAUAAUAAUAAUAUUCAAAUAGGUAUUUGGGCUACUAUUGUAGAUAAUACGGCCAAUUUAAUGCCAGACAACAUUAUGUGACAAAGGUUACUGCAAUGAUAACAAAUGAUAGAUUUGAAAAACCAUUUGGGACAUCCUGAGAUGCAAGGGUAAAUAUGACCUCCUGCUUCUACAUUUUUUAGUGGGUGCCGGUGGUGUUUCAAGAGGGAAGUAGUCCUCCACAAUUGAUUGGAAACCCUCUGUAAGGUCUCGUUUUAAAAGUGGGUGUUUUAUGAUCCAAUCAGUUCUUUAUGAAUGAAAUUCACACCCUAUUUUUAUUUAUUUUUCUUAUUGAAUAUUCACUCAGAAAUGCAGCACAUUACGAAAGCAAAAGUUGUUGCGAAUGUCAUUUCAUGUUGACUUUAAGGGUUAAAAAGCAGCUUUAAGGGAAUAUUCCAGGUUCAACACAAGUUAAGCUCAAUCAGCUGCAUUUGUAGCAUAAUGUUGAUUGCCACAAAAAUUAAUUUUUAAUUGUCCAUCCUUAAAAGAAUAAAUAAAUAACAACAAUUUAAAAAACGCAAAAUAAUUAAUGUAAGUGCUGUUAUAAAGUUAAGGUGGGGCACUCAACAAUGGAAAUGAAUUGAAGGCCCAUUUUUGGAGGGUUUAAAAAAAAAAAGGCAGAAAAUGUGAAGCUUAUAAUUUUAUAAAUGCACUUGCAUUAAUUAUUUUGUUAACUUUUGUAUUAUUUUAUAAAUUGUAGUUUAAGUUUAUUAAAAAUUUUUUGAGGGACAGUUCAAAAUGCAUGUUUGUGGCAAUCAACAUUAUGCUACAAAUGCAUCUGAUUGAGCUUGACUUGUAAUGAACCUGGAAUAUUCCCUUAGAAAAAAACACAAACUUUUCUGCAAUUGCAAGACUGCAAGUCUGUCUGUGUGUGUGAGUAUGACGACAACUUUGCCUAUUAUAUCCUCAAUUUGUCAUUUCUGACCAUUUGGCUCUGAAUGCACUUUUAAUGCCUGUAUGUUCGAUCUGUGUUACACAGAUCAGUUCCUACACAAACACCCCUGUUGCAUUUAGCUGAAACUGUAAGGCAUCUGGUGAUGUUAUAAUGAAUUUAGCAAAUGGCGGUCACAUAAUUGGAUUAACAAGCAAUAUGAUUUUUUAUAUCAGCAUCAACGUGCACAAUUUGUGGUGUUUAAAAAAACUCACAGUUAUGUUUAUGGUAAUGGCGCGGUCUCAUAGAGGCCAAUUAUUAAAGAAUCACUGCCAGAGUCACAGUAGCCAUGAGAUUGUUGCUGUCUGCACAGCUGACAACUUUUCGUGUGUGUGUGUGUGUCUGUAUUCAGGAGUAAAGUGAGAUGUGUAUUUUCAACGUAAUAUUUGAUGGAUAAUGUUGAUGGACCGUCAGUGUUCUCCACAAACUGCUCCGCAGCAUCCAUCUGCUCUUGAUGAGAUGAGCUGAUCUGAAAUUAUAUUUUGUCAUCCUGAAUCAAAUGAAGGAAUGGUGCCUUUCUUGUAAAACGCCUCUGUCUCUCUGAAACCAGUUCACAAUUUAACAUGCUUGUUAGUGAGUGCAGAUGCACAUUGGGCCAUGUUUGUCAGUCGAGCCAGCACAUCUGGGCAGUCUGAUAUUUUAAUCAGAAUAUGAAAGCGAUUAAGGAUGUGUUGCACCAAAAAGAACAAAAACGUGUGUGUGUGGGUGCGUGCGUGCGUGCGUGGGUGUGCAUUAAAUUAAUUCCUUUUUAAGAUCUUUUGCAAAUGAGCAGUAAGUGUUUUUGUUUUGUUUUUUAAUGGCAUGCUGUGACCUUGCUCUUCCUCAUUCUAAAAUUGUGGUGAAAGUUUGAGAAAUGCUUCUUAUUUUUCUCAAAGUGAUUGUUUUCAUUGGUGUUCACUGUGAUGUGCCACAAUAUUUUGAGGCUAGGAUUUGAUUGUCUCAAAGCAGAAGUGGUGAUCUAGAAAUAGGGCUGUCUUUGUCAUGUAAUGAUUACAGUCACCAUCUUUUAAUAAAGCCAAACGGAUAAAACAGCAGCUCAUCAACCCCUGCAGCAAUGACAGCGACGUUUGUAAUGAUGUUCAUGUCACCUACUAUGCUAAAAUGCAUGGAAAAUUUGGAACAAGAAAAUGGUAAUAGUUUAGCUAUUGCAGUUGGACCAUCUCAUUUUGUAAAGACCUCACAGAAAUGCAGUUUUAUAAAAAUGCCAUAUCUUAAAAAACAAAUAAAGGUUUAUUAGAGCGACGGAAAGCCCCAGAACAAAUGCGAAUCUGAACAUUCCAAUCAUAUUCUCUGUGAGAAACACGCAUUCAGUAUUUCCAUUGAAGCCGCUCUCCAGCAUACCCCAAACGCAAUUUUAGCUGUGACUGUUUUGACUGUUUUUAUAGAUGCAGCUCACUGCCUCAUCAACGUAAAUGCUGUUGUGCUUUAACAUAGUUGCUGUUCCAGUCAAUGGCACUGCUGUUUUGAUUCAUCUGUUAUAAUGGAGAUUUAUAAAACACUAUGUAUUAUAGAAAUCUAUAUUAUGAGGAGGCGACAUGAGCACUUGAUUACAUGUGCUGUCAUUUGAACGCUUAAAUAGUUAUUUGAUACAUUUUGUUCAAGAAGGAAUUCAUCAGUAGUUGUACAUCACUUACUUUUAACCUUUUGCAGUACAUAUAUGUUUUACUUGGGGUUUACUUUAAUUAAGAGAUGUAGAAAACUAUACAAGUGUGAUCAUAGUGCCGUUUUCUUUGGUUUGUGGUGCUUUUGUAAUGAUCAUAUUUCACUCAUGUAUAGUAACUAAACCAUAAACUAUAAGAGUGCAAAUGAACAUUUAUGUCAGUGGUUCUUUUGUACUGAUCUGUGUGGGAACACUAGCACAUGUCUGCUAACAUAUUAGCACUUCUUUCUGCAGGCUAGUACCAGUCUAGCCCAACCGCAGUGCCACUGUGAUAUAUUUCUAAUUGUUGUCUUAACGUGGUGAUUAGGGCAGCUAAUGCUGCAGAGAUGAAAAUCACUUAUUAUUAUUAUUAUUAUUAUUAUUAUUAUUAAAUAUUUAGAUAUGCUCGAAUGUGUCCGAAGUGUUGUGCACUUGCUUUGUAAUUAAAUGGUUAAAGUGCAGGAUAAUUGCCUUUCUUUUUUCUCUCUCUCUCUCUGAGCUUUGUAUAUGGUCAAAUUACAAAGUGAACUUUUUCUCAGGUUUAAAAUGUGUUGUGGAGUCAGUGGCUUUCGGUGUUUUUAUAUCUUGACAUUGUUAUUUUACUCAAAAAUAGGUGCACAUGUGAGCACCACUGCUGUUCCAAUAAAACUGUUUA